AAAUAUCCCUUGAGUUCACUCGGCGGGAUUUUAAUGACGGACUAUCAACAAUACGAAGUUACGAACGGUAUGAUCGGUUUACUCAUAUGGAAUGGUUUUCAGUUAAACGAGAGUCUGGACUGGACUGUUAUCUCUCUGGUGCUAUUUUCCUAUGAUUUUGCGUGACCAUUUUUAUGUUUUAUUUUUUUGAGAGCAUGCCAGUGUUGUUUAACGCACAUAUAGUAGAGUUAACUUGGUCGGUGUCGGUAAUAAGAUAGAAGCAACUUCUCAGAAGUCCUCGCCCUUCAAAAUCCACAAGGACUGUAUCUUUCGCUGUUGCUGGACUUUAUAGCACACAACCAUGGUGCUGAAGAUCUUCUUUCCCCAGUGCUGCAAUACUGCUGACAGUGGCCUGCUGGUUGGGCACUGGAUCCCAGGUCACAAUUCUGCUGUGGUUCUGGCCGUCGUUCACUACCCGUUCAUACCGGGUCAGGUGAAGAAGUACUUGAGUCAGAUGCAGAGCCAGUCUCAAGUGAAUCUCACCGUCCUGGGUUCCUGGAGUAUGCCCAAAGAAGGUAAAGAAGGAAUGGACAGCUUUCUAAAAGACCUGAGUACUAUCUUUCCACAGAAAUAUUGGCUGCAGUUGAGCCGUGAAAUUGGCAAAACAGGCUUUACCUGCCAGGUGGUCCAGAACGAUGGGAAACUUCUACAGGACCGGGAGGAGAAGAAUGAUGAUGUCAGCAGCGAGGAAGAUAAGAUCAUCUUCGUUCAUUACGACCAGAGGAAGGUUAUGCUGUCCCAGCUUCACCCGGUACAGGAGGUCAGCCAGAAGCCUGACAUUGAGCCUUCAGAGCUGCGCUUGGUCUUCCAGACAGUGGCUCAAAGUCAGCCUCUCUUUUUCCUGGACAAAUAUGAUGACGGGCCUCUCAAACUCACCCACUGGCAGUCUGAAGGCAGAGAGGCUAGUAUUAUUGCAGAGCUUCUAAAACAAGCAUCUGUUCCGGUCUGCAUCUUCCUAACUUGGUUGCUGUCUCUGUGGCACUGGUUUUGCAGCUUCAGGAUUUUACAUAGUCGGCCGGUGCUGUUCAUCUCGAGCAAGCUGUCCAGCUGUGUUCAGUCAGGGUACAGGGCAGUUCAUUUCAAGACUGUUUUCUCCCCCAAAAAAGCUGCUACACACAUUGAUUUUAUGAGAAAAGCAAACAUUUUUGUGUCCUUUCUUGUGGACAUAGCCCUUGGUUUGCUGCUUGUCUCGUGGCUUUAUAGGGAGAAUCGUAUCAGCAAAUUAGCCGAUACUCUGGUACCUGUGGCAGAUCGUGUGGCUAAAGAGCUCCAGGAGCUGUUAGAAUGGCUGAUGGGAGCUCCUGCUGGACUGAAGAUGAACAGAGCUCUCGACCAGGUGCUGGGGAGAUUCUUCCUCUAUCACAUCCAUCUGUGGAUCAGUUACAUCCACCUGAUGUCUCCUUUCAUUGAGGGGAUCCUGUGGUAUGUUGGACUCUCAGCCUGCUUGGGAUUGACCUUUGCUCUUUCCAUACUGUCCGACAUUGUGGCCCUCCUGACUUUUCACAUCUACUGUUUUUAUGUGUAUGGGGCAAGGCUGUACUGUCUGAAGAUCUAUGGUCUUUCCUCCCUGUGGCGACUUUUCAGGGGAAAGAAAUGGAAUGUACUGAGGCAGCGGGUUGACUCGUGCUCAUACGACCUGGACCAGUUGUUCAUUGGCACUUUGCUCUUUACGAUUCUGCUGUUCCUGCUUCCCACCACUGCCCUGUAUUACCUGGUCUUUACCCUGCUCCGGCUGGUAGUGGUGUUGUUUCAGGGUGUGAUUCACCUCAGUGUCGACUUCAUCAACUCCUUCCCCCUGUUUGCCAUUGGCCUACGUAUCUGCAGACCGUACAGGCUGGCAGAGGGGGUUAAAUUCAAGGUGCUUUGUCAGGAGCCAGGAACUCCUCUUCACCUGAUGAUGGAGAUCAACCCAUUAAAGUUCAGCUCUGUACUGCAGUGUUACCGGACACCCACCUAUAGCUGUUACCCUAAGGAUUCCUGGGCCGCAUUGUCCAAGAAACUGUUUGUAGGAGAACUCAUUUACCCCUGGAAGCAGAAGACUACUAAGACAGACUAACUUUUUGGGGAUCUUGCAAGACCCCCUAGAAGUCAGCAGCUAGACAUUUGCACACUGGGAGAAGGUGCUGUGUUGGUCAGACUUCACUGACUUUUAAGAUAGUCUUAAUUAGGUUUUUCAUGGAAAUAAUCCUACAUUGUUGAUUUAAAUAAUAAUCUUUCCUUUUCCAGACACUGACCAGAAUCUUUGAUUGAAACUGUGAUUAUGUUUUGUAUUUAUUCUUCUACUACUUUUGUAUAACAUUGAAGAUGUGCCAUUUUAAAAAUAAAUGUAAUUUUAAGACUAGUCAUUAUAUCAAAACCAUCAUUUCAUCAGGAUCAUUUGAACUGGAAGUAAAACUUUUGACUUCUCUUCAGUUUUUUGCUGUCUCUCAUGAGAUGGAAAGGGAAUGACUUGUAGAAGUUUAUCAAAUUCAUGUGUUUAAAGUUGUAUGAGUCUAAUCCAGCUGAUUUAUGUGAACUGGCUCUCGUGUUGAGUUUAAAUAUAGAUUUGUGUAUUAAAUUAUUUGACCAUGAACCGCGUGUUAUGUCAGUGUUGCCAAAUCAAUGUUGUUUUGUAGCUACUGUUAUUAAUAUAAAUGAUUUAAUAAAAACACUAUUUGUAUAGAUUCUGAUGAUCAUGAUCAAAAUAUACAUUUCUGAUGUUCAUUUUUAAACCCUUAAUUUACCUCAAUAAAGUUUAUUUAAUCAUUUUA